GUAUGUCUGAACAAAUACAAGUCGUGUGAAUUACAUCAAAAACAACCGAUAGCAGACUCGGGAACAGGCUUGAACAAUGUUUUUUAUAUAUAUAUGUCUUUGUAAAACCAUAAUUAGCUAAAAAUGGUGGAUGAAUACUGGACUGUGGCACAGUGUCACAGCUGCGUAGCUGUGGGAGUUAUUGAAAAGACUGGCUGUGAAAAAAGAUACAUUGCAUGGUUAUAUUAGGUAUUCUCCCAAGGAGAACCCACAAAUAUACGUAAAAAAUGCCUGGAAUGAUGGAUAAAGGGUCGGAGUAUCUCGGAAAGGGACGCUCUAACGGAACAAAAAGCCCUUCAAAUGCAUCGAAUGGACAUUUUUCUGAUGAGAGUGGCAGUGAGGACGAGCACGAUGUCGGAAUGCGUGUGGGAUCCGAUUAUCAAGCCAAUAUACCAGAAUUUGAUCCUGGUUCUACCAAGUACAGUGAUAAAGAUAGUGGGGGAAUGUUGGUGUGGUCUCCAUAUCACACCAUUGUCGACCCAAAAUUGGAUGAAUAUAUUGCCAUUGCAAAAGAGAAGCAUGGAUAUAAUGUUGAGCAGGCAUUGGGCAUGCUGUUCUGGCACAAACACAACAUUGAGAAGUCCCUGGCAGACCUGCCCAACUUCACCCCCUUCCCCGACGAGUGGACCGUGGAGGAUAAGGUGCUGUUCGAACAAGCCUUCAGCUUCCACGGAAAAAGCUUCCACAGGAUUCAACAAAUGUUACCAGACAAGUCCAUAUCCAGCCUUGUGAAGUAUUACUACUCCUGGAAGAAGACCCGUUCCAGGACCAGCCUGAUGGACCGCCAGGCCAGAAAGCUGGCAAACCGAAACGCCCAAGAUGAAAGUGAUGAAGAAAUGGAGGAGGCCAACCCCAUCGAAGCAAACGAUAGCGAUUAUGACCCUACCAAGGAGAUGAAAAAAGAGAGCCACAUCGAGCCCCAGCCCCUGAGCUCCUCCAAGAUUGGGCUCGGCCGACGGGAGCACCUGACGCUCAUGCACCGGCACCACUCACAGCGUUCCAAGUGCCGGCCGCCCAAGGGCAUGUAUCUGACCCAGGAGGAUGUGGUGGCAGUGUCAUGCAGCUCCAGCGCUGCCAACACCGUCCUUCGGCAGCUGGACAUGGAGCUGGUGGGCCUCAAAAGACAGGUUCAAAAUGCAAAGCAACUGAACAGUGGUCUGAAACACAGGAUGGAAGCGGGCAUUGAUGACUUCAGGCUGCCAGAGUGCAACCAAAAAGUUAAUGCCCGCUGGACAACAGAUGAACAGCUUCUGGCAGUUCAAGGUGUCCGGAAGUACGGGAAAGACUUCCAGGCCAUUGCCAACGUUAUCGGUAAUAAGACAGUAGGGCAGGUAAAGAACUUCUUUGUGAACUACCGCCGCCGGUUUAACCUGGAGGAGGUGCUGCAGGAGUGGGAGGCGGAGCAGGGAACUGGCACCACCAACGGUGACACUGCCACCUCUGGCGAGGAGGGGAAGAACAGCUCCAACACCCCUUCUGGGAAGAGUACGGACGAAGAGGAGGAGGAGGGCCAGGUGACCCUGUCGUCAGGCCCUUCUCCCGCUGCCACUUCCUCUGCAACUUUCCAGACCUUGGUGACGUCGUCGGCAACCUCGCUCAACCAGCCACCCCCGCUCCUACGGCCUUCCCUGCCAGCCACCCCAGCCCUCCACAGGCAGCCGCCCCCUCUCCAGCAGCAGGCCCGCUUCCUCCAACCCCGGCCCGUGCUCAACCAGCCCCCCCCGCUCAUCCGGCCCUCCAACCCCCAGCCCCCGCGCCUCAAUCCCCGGCCGCUUGUCCCCACCUCCACAGGGUGCCCAGGCUCCAGCCAGCCGCCCCCCACCCUGGUGGGUAUCCCAUCAGAGACGCCAUCCUCCUCCACGCUGCACUGAGUGUGUGCAAUGGCGAAGGAAGAAAACUGAAAAGUCGUGGUCGUUUUUUAACACUUGGUCGUUUGUUUGCUGUUGUUUUCCUGAAGGUCGUCAAUCGUUGGUUGUUAUGAGGAAAUGAUGUAUAUUAAUGAGAAGAGUAAAACCGUUCAAGUUUUUAAAGUAUAUGUAUAUUAGGUUAGGUCUUAGUUUUUUGGGGUUUUUUCAAAUCACUUUUUAUUCACUCAUCUUUAACAGACUUGCUUAGAUGUUGUGUUGGUGAUGUUAAAGAUUUACUAGAAGCAUUGGUUCUUUUUGAAAGUGUUCUUGGCUUCUGGUUAAUGUAUAUUUUACAAACUGGCAAAAUUUGCAAGUAGUAUAUAAACAAAAGGUAUAUUGAAGACACUAUGAUGGACAAUACACACAACUAGUGAAAAGGUGGCGUUGCCAUAUUUCUGUUGGAUUCUUUGAUUUGCUGUAACGCAUAUUUGUUCUUUGAGCGAAUAUAGACGUUUAUCUUUUAUAUAAGCAUUAUUUAUUUUUCUACUCGGUGCUAUGGACUUGACUGAUUUUUGCCUAUGUCCGGUAUAAUAAUAACCAUUGUGUAAGUGCUCUUACACCUCUAGGACAACUGUAUUUACAUGAUUGGAUUGAUCUAAACUGGAAGAAACCGAUUGAAAAAAAUGAUGAACCGGUUAAUAAAAUGAACUUGUUUAAUGUAAUAUUAAGCUACAAGGGUGUCACUGUCAGUCAAUUGAUUGUUGUAGUCAGUGAGCCACAUUUUCAGGAAUUUGUUUAAAUGAUUUUAAUUUAAGAUAUAUUGAAGAACAACAUUUUUGA